UUGUUGUGGUUGGUCGGAUUGUUUGCGCGCGGAGGCGUCCGGGCCACGUUAUUGGUCAACCGAGAGCGUAAGUAGUCAAGUUUUGGCGCGACUUCCAGCAGUCGGCGAGACAUUUUGGCGCGCUUAACAGGCUGCAUUCGCGUAUUCAAAAACUUCCGUUCACAAGUUAUGGUCUGUGGUUAGAGUUUCUUUUUCGUUUCAACAUUCACCUUGCGACCGGCAUUUGAAAGAAUUAACGACAUGGGGACCUACAGAGCCUGUUUAGUACUACUGAUUCUGCAAGUCAUCUCCAUCGCGACGGCUCAGGAAAUGAUAAAACGUAUCCCCCAGGGUUUCUUGGGAAUGCGCGGGAAGAAACACGAAGACGACAGCUCCGAGCAGUACUACAAGCGAAAGCCCCAGUUCUUCGUCGGAGUCAAGGGCAAGAAGAACUUCUACGACUACCUGGAAAACCCUGACGGAUACUUCAAAAGGGCUCCGCUAGGCUUCACAGGUGUCAGAGGCAAAAAAGAGGACAUGUCUUCCGAAUACCAGUACUAUCCAUACGAAGCAUUGAAGCGCGAUGGGUCUUUGAUAGGCCAAAUCGAAUAUACCUCCGCGGAGCACAUCAACGACGGCCAAUACCCGAUUCUCAAUGAUAUCUUGAACGAGUAUUUACAGAAGCUCGAGCGUCAAGAAACGAACAGCGAUACCAACGAGACAGAAGAACAACGGAUCACGAACGAAGUGGAGAAACGCGCUGCGAACAUGCACCAGUUUUACGGCGUGCGAGGGAAGAAAUCUGUCGACAACAAAAGACCAUACGACUUGAGCAUCCGCGGGAAAUUCAUCGGGGUCCGCGGCAAGAAGGACGUAAAGAACAGCAACGGUAAAGAAAUCAAGUUUCUACUGAGCCGCCCGUUCCCGAAGAGGAGGGGGCAGAUGGGAUUCUUCGGGAUGCGCGGCAAGAAGUGGAUUGAUGUAUCGAGCCCUGAGAUGGAGAUCCCUAACUAAGUGACUCUUCACCAAGGAUUAUUUUGACCGCUGUUGUUACGCUGUGACUUCUUCGACUACAUAUCUUAACUAAUAAGAAUUCUUGCCAAUUACCUAAUAUUUAAGGCUUAUUUUAGCUGUUUUGAACUAGUCAAUGAUAUAAUCUGAAGAGUUGAAAAAACUUUUAUUAAAAUAAAUAAAAAGUAUUGUAGUUUUAAGUAAUUAAGGGCAUAUUUAUUUUUCUUUUACGAUUUAAAUAUGGAGGGAAGAGGUAAGGAGAACCGUGUCUGUUGUGAUAAAUACGGGUGGCGCUACAGUAGCAACCGGAUACAUUUUAAAAAAGGCGCUGAAAGUUAUUAGAAUAAGAUAGAGAAAUAAAAAGGGACGAAAGAACUGUAAGAACUACAAAAUCACAAAAAGUAUUUUAUUACGUUUUACCACAGCAAUACUUUUAGGUUAUAUUAACGAAAUUAGUUUGGACUACGUAAACAUGUCAUUAAAUAUAUUAAAUUUCCUAACUCAGCAUACUUCAAUCAGUUAAAAACUGCGCAAUUCAUAUCAUACCCUGUGCCUAUGCUAGCGCCAUUCUGGAGGAUUUUCGAACUGUUAUUUAGUGCUGAGAGUGGGAAACUUUUUCAAGUUUCUCCCAUAUGAGUCGGUUCUCCUUACCUCUACCCUCCAUAGAUUUAAAGAUCAGGUUAUGUAUCCAGAAUAGUGACAUUGAUAUAUGGUAGUAUUUCAUCUGUCAAUGACAAAUUGUUAGAUCUGUCAUGAUUGUGCAACAGGUUCGACAAAUUGAGCCUAACUCGAAACGUACGGACAUUGACAUUUGAAUAGCACUAAGCGUCUUACGUCUUCUUUUUUGUGAAUAAUAACUUUUUAUACGUGGCUUGUGUGUAUUUACCUUAUUAAAAAAAUAAUUUAUCUAUUAUCUAAAAUGACAUUUCAUUAUAUCGAGAGGUGGAAGGUCGUUUGGUUUAAUCGGCACGUCGCUUAAUAAGUGACAUUAAAAUUUAUCUUUGUAAUUAAAGGUCCGUUUUAUUUGGUAUUAGUAUAUUAUCAACAGUUCGAUGUUUUUAAUUGAACUUCGAUUAAGUUUAUUCCAUUCAAAUAGCUGAAAUAGUUUUUUUGAUAAGAUAUAUUUUCCAAUUUUUAAACAUUAAACGGCUCUUCUGUAAAGUUGAAAAAAUGUUUCUUAAGUCAAACAGCCUUUCACCCCUUUGUAUAUAUUAUUAAAUAAUAAAUCAUUAUAUGGAUGUUUUUGGUUUCUUUGCAUAUUCACAGCUUAGCGAUUCAAUCUGAUUAUUCUAAAUUGUAAACAUACUAGUUAAGUGUUCCAAAAAUAUCCGAUAACAUUAAAAAAUUUUUAAAGUAUUUAGUUUUUGAAACUAUAAUAGUUCUUACCAUAGCUAAUUAAUGUUGUAUUUAUUCAUUAUCGUUAUAGAAAAUUGACGAUUUAAAUUAUUCAUGUAACGACAUCUAUCGACGAAUAGAAACAUUAUUUUUACCAAAGAGAUUAGAUAUGUUAUAUAUGUAAUUUAAUGUCUUUGUUGUUGCAUUUUGUGAAGGCUGGCAAAAUGUAACAUUAAUUUACUUUAAACAAAAUAAACGUGUUAUGACUUUUAA